AUGGGGCUUACCAGGCGCCAGUUCCAAGCCCUGCUCUGGAAGAAUUGGCUGUGCAGGCUCAGGCACCCGGUUCUUUCUCUUGCUGAAUUUUUCUGGCCAUGUCUUCUGUUCAUGAUUCUGACAGUACUUCGUUUUCAAGAACCUCCCAGACACAGAGACAGCUGCUACCUGCAGCCCCGAGAUCUGCCCAGCCGUGGUGUUCUCCCCUUUGUCCAAAGCCUCCUUUGUAACACCGGGUCAAGGUGCAGGAACUUCAGCUAUGCAGAGCCUGAGGAGCACCAUUUUCGCUUGUCUAGGUUCCAAACUGCAGCUGACCACAAGAAAGUCAACAACCUGGCCUUUUUAAAGGAGAUACAGGACCUGGCUGAGGAAAUUUAUGGGACUAUGGCCAAGGCAAAAAACUUACAAAAACUUUGGGUGGAAAGAUCCAAGACUCCAGAUUCGUCUUAUGGUUCCAGUUUUUUGACAAUGGAUCUCAAUAAAACAGAAGACGUGAUACUGAAGUUGGAAAGCCUCCACCAGCAGCCUCAUGUCUGGGAUUUUCUGCUUUUCCUUCCGAGACUGCAUGCAAACAGUGUCUGCAUGGAAGAGGGUGUGCGUUUGGGAGAACACUUUCUCCAGGCAGUUCUGAAUUCCUUAACAUCCCUGGAAGAUUUAGACUGGCUGCAACUAAAUCGAACUUUCUCCCAGGUUUCUGCAAUUGUACUGAAUGUAACCAUUUCGAUGCUGACAUUUCUGCAGCAACAUGGAAUUGCAGUCACUGAGUCAAUAUACCACCUAGCCCUGCAGAAUACAGUGCGGAAUCCACAGCAAGUCCAGUCUGACCUCAAAUCUCGGUUUGGUUUGGAUGACCUUCACAUCGCACAAAUCCUCAAUUACUCAGCAGAACUAAAGGAGAUUCCCAUGGACAGCUCAUUAGAGAGGAUGGUGUGUUCAAUCUUGUCCAGCACAUCAGAAGACAAAGCUGAGAGAGAGAGCCCCCAUGGCACCUGUCACUCUAGGUGGUCAGAGGUCAAAGACUAUCUCGUGCACACCAUCAGCUGGUGGCGAGUCUACAAACAGGUGUUCGAUCAAUGGCGACAGGCUGGGCUGCUUCAGGAGACACUGAUGGCUGCAGCCCAGAGUGUGGAGGCGCUCAGGGAUCAGUUUGAAGAAUAUACCACGCCAUGGAAGGUGGCAGGGACUCUGCACUUGGGGCUGCUCCUCCUAAAUGACAGCUUGGCAGCAGGUGGCCCCACGGACAACCACAUAUCCCCCAUGCUAUUACAGCAUCUCCAGAAAUUGCAGAGCCUGUUACAAAACCUGCCCCAGUGGCCAGCUCUGAAGAGAUUGCUUUGGCUAGAUGGAGCUCUCAGGAAUGCAAUAGCCCAAGAUUUGCAUUUCAUCCAAGAAAUCCUCACUCUCCUGGAGAUGUCAGCUAACAACUUCAAUUGGGUUGGACCUGACUGGCUGAAGCUGGACAAGGACGUGUUCUUUAGGGAGUUAAAGCAGAUGUUGAUAAAGAAUGCCACUAAUCUCUGCCUACAUAGAAGCUUGUCUGAGAAGGAGGCUUUCUUGCUUCCUGGAAACUCCAGUGUCUGGGGUGGCCUCCUAGGGCUGUUGUGCCAUCACAACUCCUCCAACAUGACCAAUGUUGUAAACAAGCUACUUGGUUCAAUAGAGAAUGCCGAUCAUAUUUUGCGAGAGGUCAUUAUUGGGCACAUGAAUACGUCAGCUUCAAUACCUGAAGAAUAUUUGGGCUGGCAAGAACUUGAAAUGCAGCUGUCAGAAGCAAACCUCUCCUGUACUCGGCUUCUCCUGCAUCUGGGAGCUGAACCCUUGCCUGGGAAUGGUGUGUUUUCUGGAGACUGCCAGCACCAGCUCAUCUCCCUCGUGAUAUUUCAUGCACUUGAAAAAGCACAGUUUUUCCUGGAGCAAACAUCCUACUGGAAAGCUCUCACAGCUUUUAUCCAGCAGACUUGUGAAGUGGCCCGACAAGUGAAUAUGGAAGGAAGUUCCCAGAGCAGGCUGGAUGCUUUCUCUGAGGAAUCUCCUUGUUAUGAAGAAAGCAUGAAUUGGAACAACAUCAUUGACAAUUAUUUUGCAUUUUUGAAUAACCUACUCACAUCUCCAACAGCUUCUAUAUCCAGGGCCUUAAACUUCAUAAAGCGCCUUCUAGUGAUGGAAAAGAAGUUGAAUAACCUUGAGGCUGAACAAACACAUCUUCUUUUAUCAUUUGUGACAUUUUUGGAGAAAUUAUUAUUGCCUACUCUUUUUGCAUCACCCGGUAGCACCGAAUUCCAUCACCUCCCAACUCUUAAAGAGAAUAUUCUGAAUACAAGUAUUUUAUGGGUAAAUCAUUUAAAGAGUUUAGAGGGAGACCUAUCUGCUACUGAUUCUCAGAAACUUUUGAAAACUGGCCAAGAGAUGAUUGAAAAAAUAAAGACACUUAAAAGUCGCUGGAUGAGGAAGGAAUCCAGAAAUAUUUUGAAAUUCAUGGAAUUACUGUUUUCUGAAGUUAAUCCCAAACUACUAGAAUUAUGGCUCUAUGGCUUUUCAGAAGAAGACAGAGCUAAGUUGGAAAACUUGUCUACAGUUUUAAAUGUUUCUUUUCCAGAAAAUGAGAAGAUCCUUCAUAAAGGAUUUAACUUUUCCUGGUUGUUCCAUUCAGAAGGGCAUAAAUCACCAGCUAUAAAUAUGGAUUUUGUACAUUUGAGUGAAACCGUAAUUGAUAGUCUUCAUCAAUUUGGAUUUCUGAGGCAAGAACAAGUCUCAGAAGCUCUGGAAACAGUUUCUGCCGUAAGAAAUGCAUCUGGUCUCUUCUCAGCCCUAUCUGAACCUCAAAAGCAAGAGCUUUAUGCCAUUUUAUCUGACAUAUACCUAAAUGUCUUCAACAGUAAGGAUUCAGCUUUACUUCUGCAAAUAUAUUCUUCACUUUACCAAAAUAUUUACAAGUUCUUCAGCAUUCAGAGUAGAGAGUCUCUGCUCACUUUUCUGACACAAAUCUCAAAAUGUAUUUUGGAUAUCAUAAAGCAAUUUAAUUUCCAAAAUGUCAGGGAAGCAUUUGCAUUUUUAUCAGAGAUAGCGGGAAUUAUUGUGGGAACUUCUGAAGCAACUUAUUGUGAAAAAUUGCUCUUAAUUUUUAACUUUUUGGAGCUCCAAGCCCAAUCCCUGAUGUCUACAGAAGACCAAGAAUCAGAAGUGAUUCAUGCUACACUGACAGGCCUUAAGCAGCUCUUCAUACUGGAUGAAGAUUUUCGCAUUUCUUUAUUUCAGUAUAUGAGUCAAUUCAUCAAUGGUUCAGUAGAAGCCCUACUGGAUAGUGAAUGCUUUGUUUUGAAUGAUAAACACAUUUCUUCUGUGAAUUAUUCAACAAAUGAGAGGUCUUCACUUAUUCUUCCAUGGGCACCAAUCUUUUCAAACUUCUCUGCAAAUGUCAGUGCGUUCAACCAGCUUAUGGCUGUUCACUGUACCAUUUCAUGGCUUCAAAUGUGGACUGAAAUCUGGGGAAGCAUAUCUCACCUAUUUAAGUUUGACAGGAAUAUUUUCACUUCUCUUCACAUUGGUCUGACUCAACUUUCUGAUGAAUUGGAAAAGGAUGUAGCAAUGUCUAAAAGCUGCCAAGGACUGUUCCCUACCCAUCGCACUGCUAGGCUGAUAUUAAAUUUGUUUAAAAACGUAACUCACAUUGAUGAUAUCCAUAAUUGGGAUGAUCUCCUCGCUCUCAGGGAUCUGUUGGUUGCAUUGGGCAAUGUAUUAGUUACAGUAAAAUCACAGAACCUGGACCAAGUAGAGAAAUCUCUUUUCACCAUGGACACUGCCUUUCAUCAGCUCAAGACAUUUCCAUUGAACACAAGCAAAAGUAGAGAGUUUUUAUAUUUUCUGCUUGGAGUAUUCUUUGAAAAUAGCAAUACCUCAAAGUAUAUAGAUAAAAGUGUAAAUUUGAUAAACUACUUUCUUUCAACUAAUACCACAAAUCAUGGAGCAAAACUUGAAAGUAGCGUCGCUGAGCUGAGAGAAACAAUAUUAUUUCUUAGAAAUGUGUCACGUGACCGAGAUUUAUUGUCCUGCGCUGCCGUUUUCCGAAAUGUUACUAAACUUAUUUUAGAAGAUGACUUAUUAUUUGUAAAUACUUCACAGAGGAUAUUUCAUAUUCUCACCAUGUUAAAUUCCACAAUUUCCUCUGAGAACACAAUUAGCAGACUGAACGGAUGCAUUGCAUGUCUAAAUGUCAUCAACCGUCUGUAUGUGAUGUAUAACUCAAGUUUUGCACAAAGCCAUCCUCACAACAUUUUGAGGAGUUACAAAGACGUGGAAAAUAAAAUGAACUCUGUAUUGAAAAUUGUAACUUGGGUGUUAAAUACAAAGCAACCUAUUUGUUCAUUAAAUGAGUCAAAUACAGAUUGUGUAAAUAUUUAUUUGAAAAAUAUAACUGACUUUCUAAAUAUUAUACUUACUACAACCUUUGAAAAAGAGAAGGUACCAAUAUUUGAGAUUUUAUUAGCUCUUUUAAAUGAUUCUACAAACCAAAUAAGGAUGAUUAUCAGCAACUUAACAAGAGACUUUGAUUAUGCAUCUCAAUACAACUGGAAACAUUUUACUGAAUUAAUUUUGAGACCCAUGGAAGUGUCAGAUGAGAUUCCUUACCAGUUUCAAAAUAUUUGGCUACAUUUAAUCACACUAGGAAAAGAAAUCCAGAACCUCGUGAAAGAUAUUUCCCCACACAUCCUGGAGAAGUAUUCCUCUUUCAAAAUGGAAAAGAUUUUUAGUCUAUUUGCCACCAGUCCAAAGGAAAAGGACAUAAACAGUUUAGGCAAUUCAAUUUAUCAUUUAGCUAGUUACCUUGCCCUCAAUAUCUCUCAUAAUCUCCAAAAUUUAUCUAGAGUAGUUCCAACUGAAAUAAUGAAAGCUGUGGAUCUUGGUGUUCAACUGAUGAGGGAUGUGUUCAACUCCUUAAUGCCCACAGUUCUUCAUAAUAUUCCACAAAAUACAAGUCACAUUCAAGUUCUAAAGAGAGUAACUUCUCUCAUGCGUAGUCUCAAGAAGGCUGACAUAGACCUUAUAGUAGAUCAGCUUCAACAAAUUAGUGAAAGCCUAAUGGAUUUCUUUAAGAAUAUCAGCAGAUUAGAUACUGGCGAUUUAGGGAUCAACUUGAUUGUUGGCUUGAUGGAAAGAUUUGUCACCAGCUCACACUCCUGGAACGUUAAUCAUCUGUUACAGCUGUCACGCCUGCUUCCUAAAGGCGACGUGGAUUCUGUGGUUGAUGUGUACUACGUGCUUCCUCAUGCUGUGCGGCUCCUGCAGAGGGUAAUUGAUAAAAACAUCACAGAGGCCCUUAAGGACAUCUACAACUUCACACUCCUUCAUGGGAUAAGCAUUUCAAACAAUACCAAGGAAGACUUUGCUAUUAUGAUAAAGACUCUUCUGGAUACAAUUGAAUUAAUAUCAGAUAAACCAGAUACUGUUUCAGAGGUUUUAACAUGCCUUGCUGUGCUUUGGUGCAGAAAUCAUACAACUUCUGGAUUUCAGCAGAAUCCAAAGUUAGAAGCCUGCAAUGUCCACGGGUCUUUAUCUUCUUCUUUUUAUAGCAAAGUGGCCAGUAUACUUGACCAUCUCCACUUAUCUGUGCAAGGUGAUGGUUCACAAUGUUCAGACGAAAGCACACAGGUGGAAAUAACCAACAAAGUUGUCUGUGCAAUUCAUGAGUUAGCAGACUGGAAUUCUAUUCUUCUAAAGCUGUUUGAAGUCUUCCAUAUUAAAACUUCACUUGUGGAAGCUGUGCAAGAAUUUUGGCAUAAAGUGUUACCAUUUGUCCCAUCUUCUGGAAAUCAAAGAAAAAACAGUAUCUCUGCACUUUGUCCUGGUGGUCCCAUAAAGCAAUUUGCUUUGAAAAUCAUAGAAAAGCUAAAACAUGUCAACUUUACAAAAGUUACAUUAGGUGAAAACAUCCUUAACAAGCUAACAUUUUUAAAUCAGAUCCUUAACAUUAGUAAAGAUACAGAAACAUAUUUUCAAAAGAAUAUUUCCUUAGAUUUGGGAAAGAUAAUAAAGUCUAUUUCUGAGGACUGGGACCUAGAGAAUGCUACUUAUUAUCUAUUCUCUCCAUUCAUGAUGCUUCUGGAUGCAAAAGUUACAGGAAAUAGUUUAGAAGCAUUAUCAAGAAUUAUUAAAAAAAGUGAAAAGACUCACAGCUUUGAAGAACUAUGGCUUGAUUUUGAACAGACCAUGAACAACCUAACACAUGACCUUAGUAUCAGAUACCCAGUCUCUGAAAUUAACAAGGAAAUCCAAAGUGCAAAUUCAGUGGUUCUUCAAAACAUGACUGUGCAACUUGGCCAUUUUCUGGAAAUCCUGAAUUCAUCAUCAUUGACGACAUCAGAAAACAAUGAAGAUUUUCUAUUAGUCAUCAGAAGGUGGCUUCAUGAAUAUGCCGAUGAAGAGUACUCCAGGAUGAUACAAACACUAUUUGUUCUUAUGGCCAAUGAUAGUUCAAUGGAUGAUCUCACCUUGUUGAUUAAAGAUGUCACAACAGUUUUGGGCUAUCUGAAAAACAUUUCCAGAGAAGGUGAACUUGAUGUUGCUUUUCUUACUCAUCUGCUAAAUCCAGGACAGCUAACUAAUUUCUCAGUUAUUCAGUGGCUUUUCGAAAACAUCCUAAUUAACUCAAUCAAUAACUUAGCUGGGAGUUUUCAAGAAGCAGUUCCAAAUUUAAGUGAUAUCGACCUUCAAGUAAUGAAUUUCAUUAACCUCAUCUUGAACUACACACAGUCAGAAAAUGGUGGGAAAACAAUUCUCUCUCCAAGAAGCCUAGCGGGUGUUAUGGAACAGUUUUUGAAAACAUUCUUCUCCUUUUUACUAAAGGAAAAUUCUGAGACCAAAGUAUCUCUUCUGCUAAAAGACUUCCACAAAGAUGUUAUUGCAGAGAUGAGUUUUGUCCCAAAGGAUAAAAUUCUAGAAAUUCUGAAAUUGGAUCAGUUUCUUACCUUGAUGAAAGAAGACAGAUUGAUGAGCAUUUUCUCAAGUUUAAAGGAGACCACAUACAUAUAUCUAAUCAAAGACUUAUUUAUAUUAGACAGUGGAUAAUUUUAUUUUGAUAGUCACCAAGGACUAGAGUUUAUGUGACGUUUAUUUAAUACCCUUUUAAGGGAAACGUCAAUGAAAAAUGAAACUGAAAGUAAUUUGAACUUUCUUACAGUGGUGAGUCAGCUGCUUUUCUGUUUCAGUAGUUCUGAGUUCUUUAAACUCAAUCAGGAUCUUAGGUCAGUUCUUUGCAUUUUGAGAAAAAGUUCUACGGAGGUAGCAAGUCUCAUGGAUACUCUUAUAAACUCUUCUUCAGAACUUUGCAGUUUGCAUUCUACACUCCAAGAAAUUCUACUUGCUAGCCUCACUGAUUUGCUUUUCUUUAUUAAUAAUUUUUUUUUUUUUUACUUCCAAGGAGCAGAGCAACGUUAGAAAUUAACUAAGAGAUCUGACAAAGAAAGUCGUGUCCUGGAAUCCCUGUUAGAAAUGUCUAAGAUUCAGACCAUGCUGUUAAAUGACAGUGCGUAACUGAGAGAAAUUGUCACAUCAGUGUGCUCCACCAUGAAACUUACUCAGCUAGCCAAGAAAGUGUUGGGGAAGAUGGCUGUGAUUUUUAAAACUCAUGCUAUCUUCAGUGUCAUGGGCACUCUGAAAUUCUUUGAAAUUCUCUUUUCCAUUAUGUGACAAAAUAUUCAACAUCUUGUGAAGGAAAUAGCUACUUCAAAAAAAUUUGAUUAUUUCACAUUUAAAAAUAUAUAUGGUCUAUUGAUACCAUUUCUUGACUUGACCCUAAGGAUGACUGGGGCCAAACCUAAUAUUUCACAACCUUCUGAUAUUUUAAAUGUAUCAUUAAGUAUAUUUUCAUAUUUGAACCAAUUCAAGAACUUUUCUGAUAUUUUGGAAGAAAUUGGUGAAUUUUAAACUUGUAUGAGUAUCACUUUGGGAGAUGCAGAAUGUCUUGUGAUAGCAUCUAUUAAUGGGCCUCAACUACUCUCUAUGGAUUCUGUCAAUGUAUGGGAAUAAAUUCUGAAUUGCUUGGUUCCUAUAAAUAACAUCACCAACCAAAUGGACUUCUUGCAUCUUCAUCCAAUUUCCAUUCAAAGUUGCUCUCAAGGAAAAUGUGAAAGAAUUAGUAAAGUGAUCAUUUUUUUUUCUAAAAUGUUAAUGCAGAAUAGCACAGAAGUAGGGACUUACUUAAAGGUGACUGAGCUCACAUUAGAAGUUCUCUGGAAGAGUUUAAGAAAGGAUGAUUGGGAUGUUUUUAACCUACUGCUGACAUUUGCUCAGCCUCCCAAUGACCAUUUGGAAACCUCCAGAAUGGUUGCAGGGAACUUUAGUGGAAUUAAAAGUGACUAUGGAGGUGAUUUGAGUAGAUUUAGUAUUAUUUUUUUGACUCAUCUUUUGGUCAGAGUAUAACUCAUCAACAGCUUGAAAUAACGUAUUAAGAGAAUAGCUCUCAUAGGAAAAGAGUUCCUCCUAAAUGACACUCAGUGGGUAAAUUCUAUGAGAGCUUUUUUCCAGCCAGUUUUUGAGAUUUUUAUUAACACAACUACUGGAAAGAAUGUCACAUCAGAAAAAGAAGUGAGGACCAAUAAAGAGAUCACUGAUUUUCUUUAUAGCUUCAAACCAUUGUGUUUUGAGAAAUACUUGAGGGGAUUAUUUAUAUUGACUGAAUACUGGCAAAGAGUCUCACUGACAAAUCAAAAUGUUACUGGAAUAUGUCAAGUUUUCCAGCAGCCUGGGAAGCCCUCUGGAACCAUGGAGAUGUUGCAGAAAGUGAGGAUGGUGUUUUUGCAUGUACUCAUCAUUUUUGCAGAAAACCCUUCCUUGACUAAGGACAUUUUGUGUGCUGCUGUGCACUGCAGGGAAGGCAGGAUAAGGCAUCUCAUUUUGUCGGCUAUACAAGGGGUCACUUUGCUGCAGGACCACUACCAGGAAAUUAAAAAGAUAUGGUUCUCACCUGAUCAGCUAAAUUGUGAAAGUCUUAGCAGGAAUCUUUCCAGCACCUUGAACAUCUUCAAGAGCAACUUGGAAAAGGCCACUGACCAGGACUGCGUGUGCCAGCCCCUGCUGGAGACCAUUCAGGAUCAUGUGCACAUGUUGGCCAAAAGCCUUGAAGAGACUUGGUCAUCAGGGAAUCCUAUUGUGAGUUUUCUUAGCAGUUUCGCAGUAACAGGGGAUGUCAAAGUAAAAGACUUGCUGAAGAAUAUCACCAAACUAACUGAAGAGCUUCACUCUUCUAUCCACAUGUCAGCUGAGACUAUCAGUAGUAUUCUGGAAGCAAAUAUUUCCCACGCAAAGGUCAUCUCCAGUGCCCUCACUGUAGCUUUGUCUGGAAAGUGUGACCCAGGAGUUCUUCGUCUCUUGCUCACUUUCCCUGAGGAUGAAAAAUCUUGGAUUGCCAUGAAGGAGCUCUGUGAUUUGCCUGCGUCAAAAGUAUAUUCUCUAAUUAUGUUGAUGAGCCGAAGCCUGAACCUGCGGACUUUCAUUUACAAGACUCUGAUACCUUCUGAAGCAAAAGGCUUGCUCGACUCCCUGUUGGAUGUUGUUUCUGGCAUCAGUUCCCUACUUGCCAAAGCCCAGCACGUCUUCGAAUACCUUCCGGAAUUUCUUCACACACUCAAAAUGACUGCCUUACUAGACAUGCCGGACUUUCCACAGGUUUCACAAAAUGACCACACCAGACGUUCUGCCUUUGAUUCUUUCCAGUCUGUGAUGAAAAUGGUUUGUAAGGAGCAAGAAUCUUUCCUUAGCAAUUCCAACAUGUUCAUUAAUUUGCCCAGAGUUAAUGAAUUCUUAGAAGGGGACAAAGAGAAAUUCAACAUUCCUGAAGACUCAACACCAUUUUGCUUGAGGCUUUAUCAGGAAAUUUUACAGUCUCCAAAUGGUGUUUUGGUGUGGUCCUUCCUAAAACCUGUAUUACAUGGGAAAAUACUGUAUACACCCAAUACUCCAGAGAUUAAUAAGGUCAUCCAAAAGGCUAAUUAUACUUUUUACUUUGUGGACAAGCUAAAAACGUUAUCAGAGACUCUGCUGAAGAUGGCCAGCCUUUUCCAGACAAACGGAAGUGGUCAGAUGUUCCGCCAGCUGCAGGAAGCCCUGGGAAACAAAUUUAUAAGAAAUUUUGUAGAAAGCCAGUUGCACGUUGAUGUAGACCAACUUACUGGGAAACUUUGGACCUAUGGAGGGAUGCUAGACAGAAUGUUUAACCAUGCAGGAGCUGGGCACUUUCGUUUCAUGGGUCAAAUCUUGGUCAAUCUCUCUUCCUGUGUGGUGCUGAAUCGCUUCCAGGCUACGGAGUCUGUUGACAUCCUGGAGACUAAAACACGUGAACUCAUGCAACAGAACAACUUCUUGGCCAGUGUCAUAUUCAACAGUUCCUUAGUUGGCCAGAACUUCAGAUUGAAGUCUGUCAAACUGCCACCCCAUGUCACAUACACGCUUCGGACCAGUGUAUUAUACAGCAUGAGGACAGAUGUGGUCAAAAACCCUUCUUGGAAGUUUCAUCCUCAAACUCUUCCAGCUGAUGGGUUCAAGUAUAACUACAUCUUUGUGCCUCUGCAAGACAUGAUCGAAAGAGCCAUCAUUUUGGUGCAGACUGGGCGGGAAGAUCUGGAACCAGCGACCCUGACACAGGCCAUUCCCUACCCCUGCCACACCAGCGACCUAUUCUUGAACAACGUCGGUUUCUUUUUUCCACUGAUAAUGAUGCUCACUUGGAUGGUGUCUGUGGCCAGCAUGGUCCGGAAGCUGGUUUAUGAGCGGGAGAUCCAGAUAGAAGAGUACCUGCGGAUGAUGGGAGUGCAUCCGACCACCCACUUCCUGGCCUGGUUCCUGGAGAACCUGGCCAUGAUGAUUAUUUGCAGCGCCUCUCUGGCCAUCAUUCUGAAAAUGAGCGGCAUCUUUGCACACAGCAACGCCUGCAUCAUUUUCCUCUUUCUCCUGGACUUCGGGGUGUCUGUCAUCAUGCUUAGUUACCUCCUGAGUGCAUUUUUCAGCCAAGCUAACACAGCAGCCCUUUGCACCAGCCUGGUGUAUAUGAUCAGCUUCCUGCCCUACAUAGUUCUGUUGGUCCUACAUAAUCAAUUAAGUCUGGUCAUUCAGACAUUUUUGUGCUUCCUCUCGACAACAGCCUUUGGACAAGGAGUAUUUUUCAUCACAUUCCUGGAAGGACAAGAGGCGGGCAUUCAGUGGAAUAAUAUGUACCAGGCUCCAGAACAAGGGGGCAUGACAUUUGGCUGGGUUUGCUGGAUGAUCCUGUUCGAUUCAUGCCUUUAUUUUAUAUGUGGCUGGUACUGCAGCAACUUGAUUCCUGGAACUUUCGGUUUAAGGAAACCAUGGUAUUUCCCCUUUACCAUGUCAUAUUGGAAGAGUGUGUGUGGCUUGGUGGAGAAAGGACACCGUUCUCUAAGCUCUAGUCUGUUUUUCUUCAAUGAGCUCUUUGGCAAUAAAGGUUUGUAACAGGCAUCAUGGUCAUUACCACAAGACAGGGAACGGAGCCUUGAAGAAAGCCCUCCAGGAGUUGCUCUGGUGUCUGUGACCAAGGAAUAUGAGGGCCAUAAGGUGGCCAUCCAAGACCUCACUCUCACCUUCCACAGAGACCAAGUCACAGCCCUGCUGGGAACAAAUGGCGCUGGGAAAACCACCAUCAUAUCCAUGUUGACGGGGCUCCAGCCUCCCACCUCUGGAACCAUUCUCGUGAAUGGCAAGACCCUGCAGACAGAUGUGUCUCAGAUCAGGGCAGAGCUGGGUGUGUGUCUGCAGCAGGAUGUGCUGUUGGACAGCCUCACUGUCCGGGAGCAUCUGCUGCUCUUUGCCUCCAUAAAGGCCCCGCAGUGGACUGAGAAGGAGCUGCAUCUGCAAGUCAACAAAACUCUCGAGGAUGUGGAGUUAGCUCAGCAUCAGCACAAACAGACCCAAGCCCUGUCUGGAGGCAUGAAGAGGAAGCUGUCCAUGGGCAUUGCUUUCAUGGGCACAUCUAGGACUGUGGUUCUGGACGAGCCUACCAGUGGAGUAGACCCUUGCUCCCGUCGUAGCCUCUGGGACAUUCUGCUCAAGUAUCGAGAAGGUCGCACCAUCAUCUUCACAACUCACCACCUGGAUGAGGCUGAAGUGCUCAGCGACCGCGUGGCUGUCCUGCAGCAGGGCCGGCUCAGGUGCUGCGGUCCUCCCUUCUGCCUGAAGGAGGCAUACAGCCCGGGGCUCAGCCUGACCCUCACAAAACAACCUUCUGUUCUGGAGGCCUAUGACCCAAAGGACAUAGCUCGUGUUACGUCCCUGAUACAGCUCUACAUCCCACAAGCAUUUCUAAAGGACAGCAGUGAGGCUGAGCUGACCUACACCCUACCAAAGGACGCGGACAGGACCUGCUUCAAAGGGCUCUUCCAGGCCCUGGACCAGAGCCUGCCUCAUCUGAACCUGACAGGCUAUGGAAUCUCAGACACCACCUUGGAAGAGGUAUUUUUGAUGCUUUUGCAAGACUCCAACAAGAAAUCUGACAUGGCCCUUGGGACCAAGUUUGAGCCACAGAUCAACAGGCCUGCAGGACCUCCUUUUGGCUACUAUGGCUCUCCAGGUCGGCUGCUUCUCACUCAGAUGGCUGCCCUCCUUGGGAAGCGGCUCCGCCACUCACUGCGCGCCUGGAGAAGCACACUGUCCCACCUGCUGCUGCCGGUUCUCUUCGUGGCCCUGGCCAUGGGCUUGUUCAUGGUAAGACCUCUGGCCACCGUCUACCCUCCCCUCCAGCUAACACCUGGCCACUACGAGAGGGCCGAAACCUACUUUUUCAGCAGUGAGAGUGAUGACACGAACCUCACCCACAUGCUGCUGCGCAAGUUUGAAGACCAAGACCUGCUCUGUGCCAAUUUAUUUAGGAAGAAUUCCUCAUGCUGGCAUGUGGAUCCCUCUGUUCACCCUGACUUCCAGGGUUCAUGUGGCUGUCGGAAAUGUCCGAGUUCCAGGGCGCCCUAUCUGACCAACCACCAGGGCCAUACCCUCUUGAAUCUGUCGGGCCUCGAUGUGGAGGAAUACUUGCUGGUGCCUUCUGAAAAACCAAGGCUUGGAGGUUGGUCUUUUGGAGUGGAAUUACCCCAUGAAGUUCAAGAUGUGAAUGCAAAUGUACCAAAACCAAAAACUCUGGCAAAGGUGUGGUAUAAUCAGAAGGGUUUUCAUUCCCUACCUUCCUACUUAAAUCAUCUAAACAACCUCAUUUUGUGGCGGCACUUACCCUCGGCUGUGGACUGGAGACAAUAUGGAAUAACACUCUAUAGCCAUCCAUAUGGAGGGGCCUUGCUGAAUGAGGACAAGAUCCUGGAGAGUAUCCGCCAGUGUGGUGUUGCCCUCUGCAUUGUACUGGGAUUCUCCAUCCUGACUGCAUCGAUCGGCAGCUCUGUGGUCAGGGACAGAGUGACUGGAGCCAAAAGGUUGCAGCACAUAAGUGGCCUUGGCUACAAGACGUACUGGUUCACUAACUUCCUGUAUGACAUGCUCUUUUACUUGGUUUCCGUGUGCCUCUGUGUUGCUGUUAUCGUCGCCUUCCAGUUAACAGCCUUUACUUUCCGAGAGAACCUGGGAGCCACCGCCCUCCUGCUGGCACUUUUCGGAUAUGCCACACUUCCCUGGAUGUAUCUGAUGUCCAGAAUCUUCUCCAGUUCAGAUGUGGCAUUCAUCUCCUACAUCUCGUUGAACUUCAUCUUCGGCCUUUGUACCAUGCUCAUGACCAUCAUGCCUCGGCUACUGGCCAUCGUGUCCAAAGCUCAGAAUUUACAGAACAUCUAUGAUGUCCUCAAGUGGGUGUUUACUAUUUUUCCUCAAUUCUGCCUGGGUCAAGGACUUAUAGAACUCUGUUAUAAUCAGAUAAAAUAUGACCUGACCCACAACUUUGGCAUUGAUCCCUACGUGAGUCCUUUUGAGAUGAACUUCCUGGGCUGGAUCUUUGUGGAACUGACCUUGCAGGGCACGAUACUUCUUCUUCUGAGGCUUCUACUGCAGUGGGACCUUCUGCAGUGGUCCAGGAGCCACUUUAUCCCUCAAGACACAGUCAAAUCUUCUAGGGAUAUAGAUGUUGAAAAUGAGCAAAGGAGGGUGUUGGAAGGAAGAACCAGUGGAGACGUCCUGGUACUACACAACCUUAGCAAACGUUAUGGACAUUUUUUUCAGAAGACAACCGCUGUGCAGGAUAUUAGCGUGGGCAUCCCAAGAGGAGAGUGCUUUGGGCUUCUCGGGGUGAAUGGUGCUGGAAAGAGUACUACAUUCAAGAUGCUGAGUGGGGAAGUUGCUCCGACUUCAGGGCAUGCUAUCAUCAGGACUCCCGCGGGCGCCUACGUGGAUCUGUGUUCUGCUGGUGAGGCUGGCGUUCUCAUUGGCUAUUGUCCACAGCAAGAUGCCCUGGAUGAGCUCUUGACUGGCUGGGAACAUCUUCAUUAUUACUGCAGCCUACGCGGGAUUCCCAAGGAGGACAUACCUGAGGUUGCCAGAGACCUUGUGAGGCGCUUACACCUGGAAGCCCAUGCAGACAAACUUGUGACCACGUACAGUGGGGGGACUAAGCGGAAACUCUCCACAGCCCUGGCCCUGGUGGGGAAGCCUGAUAUCCUUUUACUGGAUGAGCCCAGCUCAGGGAUGGAUCCAUGCUCUAAGCGCUACCUCUGGAAAACAAUAACGAAGGAGGUUGAGGAAGGCUGUGCUGCUGUGCUCACCUCCCACAGCAUGGAAGAGUGUGAAUCUCUUUGCACAAGAUUGGCCAUCAUGGUCAAUGGCAGCUUCAAAUGUCUUGGUUCUCCUCGGCACAUUAAAAAUAGGUUUGGUGAUGGUUAUACAGUAAAACUCUGGCUCUGUAAGGAAACAAAGCAACAUAGCACUGUCUCUGACUGUUUGAAACUCUAUUUUCCAGGAACCCAGUUUAAGGGACAGCGCCUUAAUUUAUUGGAAUAUCAUGUGCCCAAAAGAUGGGGAUGUUUAGCUGACUUGUUCAAAGUCCUAGAGAACAAUAAGACUCUCUGGAACAUCAGACAUUACUCCAUUAACCAGACCACUUUGGAACAGGUAUUUAUUAACUUUGCUACUGAACGGCAGCAAAGUCAAGAGCAGCAAACUCCAGAGUUUACUCUUGAUCCAUCAACUGGCUGCCACCGCCCACAUCACCUACCUAUCUAGACACUAAAGAAGUUUUUGGAAGGAACCUAUAAUUAAUACUCAAGGAUCAGACAAGCACGUGUCCAGCUGAGGAGCUGGAAGACAGGCUCCAGGCAAUCAAAUUACAUUUUCACUUUCAUUUUCUGUUUUGAAACUCUUUGAUAAUUAAUAGCCCCGAACUGAAAAGUCAUUCUUUUCUGUAGACUUUUAAGGAGUUCCUCCAACACAUUUACACACUUUGCCACACCAGAUGGGUGCCAGUUUCUUAGUGCAAGGUGCAAAUGAAUGACUUGAUAGAGAUGAAACAGAUGCUCUGGAGCUUACGGGUCUC